GCCACUGGAGAUGUAAUGUACUCACUGCAGGAUUCUAUUGAACUCUUUUCCAUACAUCCAAGAAGCGGAAUCCUCACUGUUCAGCAUCCUGAAUUCCUCACCUUGAACACGUACGGCUCUAAAGCAAAUCUCACAGUGAUGGCGACUGACAAAAAGACUUCAAUCACAACAACAAUUGACAUCACAUUGACUCCCAUAGCUGAAGGAUUGAAAGGAUUCAAAUUUGUAAAGGUUUGGAUUUAUUGCGGAUACGUAGAAGUCGAAUAA